AUGAAUCUUUUACCUUUGGAUUGCAAUGCGGAAAUAUUGGAUUAUCUACGAGAUGAUGAAAAAUCACUAUAUUCAAUUAUUCGCGUAAAUCGAGCAUGGUGUCAACUUGCCAUUCCAUUAUUAUGGAAUCGACCUUUUAAAGUGAAAAGAAAAGCAUCGAUAAUUAAAAUUUUAAUAUCAUGCCUUUCAGAAGAAGAUAAAAUAUCAAUCCUAGAAAAAGAGAUUGAUUAUUGUAUUGAAUUAAAUCAAGCUCCCCCAUUAUUUGAUUAUCCCUAUUAUAUACGAGCUUUAGAUUAUAGAUAUCUUGAAAGUUCAAUUGAAAAUUGGAUUUUACAAUUAGGUGCACCCUCUAAAGAUAUCGGAUUAGUUCUGUUUAAUUUACUUGGAAACUUAAUAUUCUCACGUUCGCGUGGAUUACUUAUUUUAACUUUACGUCAUUAUGAUUAUUAUUAUUGUAAAUUUGGAAAGCAUUACACGAGUGUUAAAGACAUCUUAUCAUUUAAACAUCUUGAACGUGCUUUAGAACAACUUGAAAAUCUUGAGAUUGGUCUUUAUUCCGAACCUCGUGAGAAUUGUGAUGUUAUUUGCGAUUCGAUGUCAGAUUUCUUUUCUGCCUUAUCAAAAUAUUCAAAAAAUAUUCAAAAAGCUACCAUCGAAAUCUUAUUAGAUUCAUCGGAAACAGAUAAAGUUACCAAGGUUGCUAAUUCAUUUGCGGAUUUCAUUAAAUCUCAAACAAAACUCAGGAAUUUGGAAGUUAAUCAAUCCUUAGGUGGUACCUUCACAAAUUCAUUAUCCGAAUCAUUGAAUUUUCUUAAAUUUAAUGAUUUAAAGAAUGUACAUAGUUUACUCCCUGCGCUUAGCGCUUGCGAAAGAUUGGAAACCUUGGAAAUCUCGGGACAUUUUGGGGUUGAAUUGAUUGAAGAUUUACAUGGAUCUGUUAGCGAUUUGCCGCCGAUCAACAUAACGAAUUUGCAUGUUUAUCAAUUGGAAGAGUUUGAAUCUGAGAAAUACUUGGAGAUGUUCAUAGUAAUUUUACUUAAUUUAGCACAAAGUACUUUAAGAUCUGUUAUAUUAGAUUACGUUAAUGUACCAAUUAUUGAAGCCAUAUUAGGGUCUAGUUCUACACUUACACACCUUGCUUUAAGUAUGAUCCUUGUAGAUGCUUCAGUCUUUAUUACACAUUUAUCAACUUUUACGAGUUUAGAAACUUUGAUUUUUAUACAAGAUUUAAAUGAUGAGGAGGAGGAUGAUGCCAUGUUUAGUAUUUUACCAAACCUUGCAAGUCGUUUACCAACGACAUUGAAAUAUUUAGGUUUAUGGGCUAUAAUGGAUAAUGCAACUUUAGAUAAAACAUUAUGUAAAAUUAAGGUUCCUAUAGAAGAAUUGGACGUUUUUAAAAGAUUUGAUGAUUCCGAUAUGGAAGCCGUAAUUAAAUACGCCCAAAAAAAUCCAAAUUUGAAAAGACUCGGUUAUAAAAAGGUUACACCCUCUGAAUCUAAAUUAUCAAAGGACUUAUUGGAUCGAGCUAGUUCUAUCAUUAAGAGCAUUGGUGACACGAGACCCAUCAAAAAUGCUGUAUGUUUGUAA